AAGCAUAAAUUACCUUAAAAGGAAUGCAACUAAUUACUGGACCUUGAUGAAAAUUGAUUAUUAUCAUCAUUUUUGUGAAUAUUUUUGUUCUGUAUAUUCUUUCUUUAUUGUGUACUGAAUACUCUUUGUAGUGUUACUAACUACUUUUAAAGGACGUGAUGAUUACAAUAUUUUCCUAUUCAUUUUCCUUAUGUUCAACUGUACAUCAGUAAUAGGUAGCAAUAAUAAUGUCACUAUUACUGCCUCAUGUCCAAAUGUGUGCCUAUUCUUCGUAUGCUACCUAUUCUACACACUCUAUGUUCAGGUAUGUUUAAGAACGUGAUUGGUUGAAAGUCACGUGAAUGGGAUAAACUGUGAACAUGCAGAUACGUGCGGAGGCACAUCAAAAAUCAAUCAAUAUAACUUAUAUACAAAUAGAUUUUCAGACGUUUAUGUUUGUACACGAAUAAAUAUGGGUAGGAUAUAUUUGAUUUCGUAUUCGAUUGGAGAGGUGUUCCCGAAAAUGAUAUCAAUUUUAUCAUCGGUUUAUGUAUAAUAUGGAAUAACAAGUCGAACCAUUUGAAAGAUUACCAAUUCCUGAAAUAUUACCUAUUAUUGUUUUUUUAAUAAACCAAUGUGUUAUAAAGAAAUAACAUCAUUUGGAGCUGGUUCAUCCGAAUAUUGAACAAUUAUCUAUUUUGUUAAACGAUAAUUAGAAAAUGCAAAGAUUAUAUUCCAAACCAGUUGCAAACGUUAAUACAAUAAAUAUAUCUGUCAUCGGUAUGAAUGGUUCCGGGAAAUCAGCUGUUGUCGUGAAAUAUUUAACACGUCGUUUCAUCGUUGAAUAUGCACCUUAUCUAAGUGACAGUUAUACCAAAGCUGAUUCAGUCGAUGGUCAUGAACUAACAGUAAACAUUCAAGACACAUCAGAUAGCGAUGAAAUCGACCUUGACGAUAUAAUUAAGUGGUCCCAAGCAAUUAUAAUAUUAUUUUCAAUGACAAGUCGUCGCAGUUUCUAUCGUGCUCAAGAAUUAGUUGAAGCAGUUCACCUGCAAUCUGAAAUAACCGACAGAAAACCGAAAUUGUCUGGAUCACAGCUCUGCAAACCAAGUGCAUCACCACAGUUUGCAUCACAAUUAACUGGUUCUUUUGUUAAUAUCUCGUCAAUCAAUAACGCACCUACAAGUAUACAAAAUACUCUUAUGCAGUCAGGUUCUCUUAGACGUUCAGCUUUGUUUACAAUUAAUACAGCUAAACCGCCUGCACUACUAUUGGUGGCUAAUAAAUCAGAUUUAGAACGAUUUCGUUUGGUGCAAAAAGCAGAGGCUGAAGAAUUCGCUAAAUCCCAUGGCAUCCCAUAUUUUGAGAUAACUGUUACCGAGACAUAUAAGGAGGUGCAGUCAGUUUUUCAUGCUGCUGCUCGUCUGUGUCUUCAGUCCAAAGGUCUGAAACUACGUCAAGUUAAUGGACAGCCUACAUCAGGUGGCAGAGGUAUCCUUCCAAGUGGUAAUCCUCCCAGUGUACUGACGAGUUUAGCUGUUUCUCCAAGUCUGUUGCUACAGAAAAAAUCAACCUCAAGUGUUCCAGCAAACCCUGAAGCUACAGCAGGCUUAGAAACUGAAUCGAACUCAGGACCAGGAGGACCUGCUUCACUUAUUUCAAAUUUAAGGUUAAGAGCGACCAGUCCAACGUCAGCACAAUGUAUGACAAAACCACCAAGCUCUGCAUGGUACCCUACUCCUCAAACCACUUCAGCUUCAAAACAACUGCAGGCAACUCAGCCUCCACCAUCUCAAAAACAAUUAAACACUCUAACUUCGGUGGCAGCUCAGCCUGCAUAUAACACAUCACCAUCUAAUAUAUUAUCACGUAAGACACAGAACCUAACCAACAAGUCGAUUCAACCACAAUCCGAACAACGACCAUCAUCAUCUGGUCUACUCAGUAAUGUCAAUCAAUCAGCAAGAACACCUGCAGCGCAGCCUAGUCGACAACCAGCUCCGCCACCGGUUUCCCAGCCAAAAAAGAAUUCAAUAGGUUUUAAGUUUUUCUCUAAGAGAAAAUAAUUUUGGCUUCAAUGCCGUCAUUGAAAGGCUCCAGCUGAUGUUUCCUUUAAACCAUUCAUGCAUAUUUUCAUAUCAUUCUGUUAGUAACUGUAAAAAUCUUAGGAUAAAAUGUUUUUCUCUGGAAAUUGUAAGAAUGAGUGUAUUAAUGUUACCGAAAGAAGUUUAUAUGACUGUACUUUUUACCAUUGUUGAAGUUCGCAACACAAUAUUAUCGUUUAGCGGCACUGACGAUAUGUUUACCAAGCGGAAAUUAUUUUAUUAAAAUCAGAGUUAAUGUUAAGCCUUCUUUUCAAUCAGUUUUGAACUGUACAGAAUAUAACUAUACUAACGUUAACUUCACAAGUUUGAGUGUAAAUAAGUAGCAUUAAUUACAGAUUAUCAUAAAUCAUUAUUCAAUUUGAAGGUUUGUGGGGAUUUAUUUAUUGAUUUAAGGUUGGUAUUCAUCGUGAACCGACCAACCUGAAAACUAUCAUUUGUUUUUAUGUGUUCUGAAAUAACAAUUAUAAAAUAUAGUAAUAGUUAAUGAAUGAAAUGCAUUAAACUGACCCGG